AUCAUUCAUGGCCCAAUUUUCUUUUUCAGACACUCAACGAGCAGAACGGCGGUCAUUCCGGUUGCAUGAUGUGGCCGGGAUCAAACAUGCCCUACACCAAAGCCAAGCUGAAUUGUACGUACAUGAAGGCGUACAAUAUGUCCCUUCCGUGGAACGAUCGAGUGGACACCGCGUUCCAGUGGAUCCGCGAUCCGAAGCAACCGGCCAACUUGGUCAUGCUGUACGUCGAGGAACCGGACUAUUACGGUCACAUCUACGGUCCGGACUCGGACCGGGUGGCACAGCUGCUGGUCAAACUGAACGACCUGACCCGAUACAUUUGGGACAAGGUUCGGGAGUUUGGGCUACAGGAGCGAGUUAACGUCGUGCACCUCAGCGACCACGGAAUGGAUUCGCUGAGUCCGAAAAAUUUCAUCAAUCUGACGAGCUUCGUCCCGAGCGACGUGAAGUACGACCGGUACGGAAACACUCCGGUCUUGCAGAUUGUGCCGAAGGUGAAGCAACAGACGGCCGAUCUGUACCGGGCGCUGAAGAGCGCUUCGGAGAAGAAUGGGAACUUCGAUGUGUACACGUUGGAGAAUUUGCCCGCGCGGUGGCACUUUAACAAUUCGCAGCGCACCGGACCGAUUACGGCGGUGGCCCGGUUAGGGUAUGGAUUCGAUGAUAUGUGGGAGACGGCCGAGUACUACCGAAAAACGUACAAUGUGUCAGUAACUCCGGAGACCAAGUACGGUGUCCACGGGUACGAUAACGACCUUCCAGUCAUGCAUCCGAUCUUCUUCGGCUAUGGCCCUAGGAUACGGGAGCGAACCAUGGUAGAUCCAUUCGAUACAGUCGACUUGUUCUACCUGUUCUGCGAGAUUCUAGAUCUCAAGCCACCGGCAUACCUGGCCGGUCAACGGCAGCACAUUCUGGGCGUACUGCGAAACGAUUCCCGGGAUGACGACGACGGAAAUGGUAACGGAUCCACACGAACCGGCACUCUAGUCGUCAUUUUCGCCGGUAGUUUGGUGGGGUCAUUUGCACUGGUGAGCAUGCUGGCGUUCGUUGUCCUGUGGCAACGGCGCCGCCGGGAGAACUUGGUACCGUCCUAUUUGUACGACGAGGCGGAAUCUUUUCUGGACGAAGGCAACAAACUGUUACCGGCCUCGGCCAGCACCCAUCAACAGCAGCAGUCCCAGUAUCAACAUCAUCCUUCCAGCAAUCACCGUAGCCACCAUCAGCAUCAUCAACUGCGGUCCAGUGCGUCCAUCAACGGGGAUGUGGUUUCGAUAGACGUUUGAGAGUGACCGAGGGUGUCGCCAUCCAUGUAGUUCGUUCAUUGUUCAUUCCUAGUGUUUUCUGUUGGGCUGUCUUCCUUUUAACUUGUUUGUUGCACGUCUCAUGUUGUUUCCAUUUCUGAAUCUUGGCAGUUUUUUUUAACGAACGUAGGUAGCAGUAGUAGGAGAAGGUCAUCGCAUAUGUGGUAAGUGUCAAUGAUUGUACCCUACUUCCAUUGGAAGCUUUACGACCCCGACCUUAGACAGAACUUUUUUUUAUUAGUUUGGCCUUUCAUCAGAAAAGCCGUUUUUAUCCUUUAGUGACUGCAUAAUUUGAAAUCCGUCUUAAGAUACUAGUUUGAGGAAAGCAGCAAAUUUAUGGUGUGUAAAUCAGAUUGAACUUUCUAUGUAAAUCUGAAAUGAAUUCAAGUAAAAACCGAAGCACGAUGUUGCGUGGUUUGAACAAAUGUUAAGAUAAAAACUUUACGAGGUGAAUCCAUCAGCAAUCACACUUUCCAUGAUAAACGAGAAAACCAUAUUAGUAAGGUUUUACAAUAAAAUUAAAGCAAGGAUCGAACUCACCAAUUAAUAUGUCCAUCGCUAGUCGUUCGCUGACUAACAGAAACUUUCACACCGAACAGACACGGGAAAAUGAAAACACACUAGAUUACGAGACGGGAAAACGUCCCAAAGGAAACCUCGAUAACUUCUCCUGUCGCUACUGGUUUUCGACAGUCAGCUCCAUUGACGGUGUGCAGUUCAAGAAACUUUGGGACGGUAGAAACUAUUACCUCUUGGUGUGCUUACCUACAUCGGAAAGUCAAUAAUGUCUUCUUCUAUCUGUUUUCGACCUUGUCGCCGACACCUUUGGCGACACCUCAUUUUCCUCUCACCUAGCUGUACUUGUGUCCAAAAGUUUCUUGCACGAAAUAGUACAUAUUGGGGAUCUCGCUACAGUUAUUUUCUGAGCAGCAAUGGAUAGAUAACCAGUUGAACGGAAGGCCCAGGUAGUGUGGGUUUAGGGACCGCCUCGUACGAAGGAGGCGGGACUACACAUCCGUCCCACUAAACACAUGUCUAAUGCGCCAAAUCCUACGUCUCUCCGGGAUCAUCUCUAGAAGGCAUUGCUUCGAAGAGGGGCUAAAGGACAUCGCACCCCCAAGGUGAACUGCGUAGCCUAGCCAUGCAGCGAUGAACAUCUAUGUAUGACACGCUCUUUGGGGAGCACACCAAGGUAAUGUGCUGGCGAUUUGCUAGCUUGUUGAGUGGUUUUACCGCUCCCUUUGGUCUCGGGAAUCGGGCAGGGUCAAUCACCACGCCCGCGCCCAACUGUUCUACAAUCAUCAAGAACUGAUACUUGCGUGCAACACGAUUUGAUCUACUGAAGGCUUAGGCCCUAUCAGCUAGCAUCAGAAGGAGUUGCUAACACUGGGGCCUCCACCUGCCCCGUCCCUUACCAGGGAUCCAACCCAGUAGACCAACGCCACGACAGCAACGCUACCACAUAAGGGUCGAUUUCGACCGCAGAGCACCGGUAUGACCUACAUAGCCGGCCCCGAACCUUUGGACCAACUCUUGUAUAGCGUCUGCACUAGCCAUUCUCCGAAUCCUCGCGCCACCUUCUCUGUAGCUUCAAGACUAUGUGGGUGGUAGCCGCUGAAACGGCAUUCCAGCGAGACUCAUCCCUACACAUCCUCUGGACAAGAUGGUCCGGAGUUGUGUCCUCCAUGUAUGUGGCAAGCAUGUGGUCACGCAUUAUGCUAGAACGCGGGCACACGAACAAAACGUCUUCCGUCGUUCCCUGUAAACCAGCACAAACCGGACAUUCGGGAGAGACCGCAUGGCCGAAACGAUGUAGAUACUGUCGGAAGCAACCAUGGCCUGAAAGGACCUUAGUCAGGUGGAACGUUACUUCCACUAAAUAUUUACUAUCUACCCUCACAAUUAACCUAGUAAGAGACGAACAAGCCAAGGGCUGAAAUUCUCUAUAAUAAAGACGAAUGAAUCAAUCAAUCUAUGGGUCCACCAUGGGGGCCACCUUCCUUUAGUGGAACUGUCCCACGCGCGCUGCCAUUUGACCAUGGAGGUCAUCCUGGCAGUCCUGCGUAUGCCUAUUGCUCCACGCAUUUCGAAGCACUCCAUGUCCUCCCUGAUAUGGAUGCCGAUAGGCACCAUAUCAAUGAUGACGCAGAGCGCAUCGUGUGACACGGUACGGUACGCGCUCGCAAACCUCAGGCACAUCAGCCUGUAAGUACUUCCCAGCUUACCACUGUAGCAUUCGAUACUUAGCGCAGUGCCCCACGCCGGGCCGCCACACCUUAGUAUGGACGUAGCGACAUUAGCCAGAAGCUUGCGCUUACUGGCGUACACCGCAGAGCUAUUGGGCAUCAUCCGGGACAGUGUCCUAUAGCUGUAGAAACUCUUUUACAUACGUAAACGUGGCUACCGAAGGAAAGCUUAUCGUCGAUCAUCACGCCGAAAUGUUUGACGGAGCGCUUCGACGUGAUAGUACAAUCGCCUCCACUGAUCAUUGCUUGUUGCUCCGACUUCCGGUUGUUCUCAGUUUUGUGGACAACCAACUCCAAUUUCCUGGAUCUCAUCCACGCCUCCACAACCUUGAUCGAGUGGGCCGUAGUCAACUCCACUUCUUCGAUCGACUCACCGUAGACUUCGAGCGUAAUGUCAUAAGAAAAGCCAAUGAUCUACACUCUCACCGGGAACUCUAGCUUCAAUAACUCGUCGUACAUGAUAUUCCAUAACACCGGACCCAGGAUGGAACCUUGCGGGACUCAUGAGGUUAUGUGAAAGCAUCUUCGACCCACUUCUGUGUCGUAAACUAGUACUCGAUUCUGGAAGUAACUUCCAAAAAUCUUGUACAGGUACCCGGGUAUCCCCUGACGCAGGAGCGCAUCGGCAAUAGCCGGCCAACUGGUGCUAUUGAACGCGUUCCUUACAUCCAUUGUCACUACCGCACAGUAGCAAGUUUCUCUUUUCAUACGCUGGAGCGCUAUCUCGGUAGGUUUUUUUUUGUAACCGACAGGACAGCGUGUACGGUCGACAACCCCUUUCGGGAGCCGAAAUGGCUGCUCGAGAGACCAUUUACAUUCACGGUGUGCCUCAACAUUCUAUUGAAGAGGAUCUUUUCGAGCACCUUCCCCGCCGUGUUGUUCAAGCACAUUGGUAGGUUGCCAACGGGUCUCCGGGUGGUUUCCCCACCGACGAACCGACGUGACAGCUAGAACAAAUAAAUUAAAAUUUGUUGUCCCCGACGCCAUGAUGAAAAAUAGCCGAACACUAUCGCCACCUCUAUAACGGUUCGCGUUCAUUUGAUAGCAUGAUCCCAAACCCCCGUGUGUUGAUAUAGGAAAUGGUUUGCGCCUACGCUGAUUUGACAGAAGCGUUCGCUCGCUUCGCUGGCCGACCGUUAAAUUUAGGGGGACAGUUUUGAAAUACCAUUGUCACGUCGGUUCGUCGGUGGUUUCCCCACCUUUGGCAACAUAACCAUGCUCUGCCUCUGUCAAACUUCUGGGAAACAUCCCGGGAGCCUACGCUAUAGCUGCAUUUAAGGCUGGGUUCGGAACUUCGUCCGGACCUGGGGCCUUACCUACGCUAAGAGACUUUGCUAUUCCCGUAAGUACCACAUUGGUGACCCUCUCCUCGUCGCCAGCUCCAGUUCCCGGCUGUCCUACGCAAGGAGGCCAAGGACUAGGAUCAUGACGCGGAAAAAGCCUCUCGAUGAUCCCCUCCAACAUCUCUGGAGAUUGCUCUGUAGGAGCCAUUACACCUCUUUGGCACUUUGACAGAGACCCUCAAAGCAGACCUUUUUGCUUGCCCUUAAUAUGACAGCGGCGAACACCACCCGCCGUUCGUUUCGCUCAUGCUCGCAGUUCAUGCUCGCUGCAUCCGCCGCCUAUCCUGUAGACAUGUGCGGAGCAGGUCCGCAAUCGCUUGAGUCCACCAGUAAGCCGGUACUCUCCCAUUUCCAGGGUGUCCUUGCCUAGGCAUGGUCGCAUCACAUGCACGCGAGAGCACCGCUAAGAGCUCGUCCCCGCUUAACCCGAGCAGGUUUCAAUCACGGCGGCGUGCCUUCUCAAAUACCUCGCCGUUUGUGUAUCAUGUCUUCCACCUACGGGCUACGAGGGCUUGGCCUUGUUGUAGUCGAUACUGUAGCGAACCGCCAAGUGAUCGCUACCCUCCAGUUCGAGCUACUUGUUAGACCAGGACUACUAAAAGUAACUAACAAUUAUCGACUCCGCACCGUUCCGAUUCAAGGUGCUCUUGGUACCGACAUUAGCCAAGUCGACACCUAGUAUGGCCAGUGUCUCUAGCAGGACCUGACCCCGCAGGUUCGUGUAACGGCUUCCUCAUUCCACGGCUCAGGAGCUCCGUCUGAGAUUCUAGCUUCUUUCAGAAUUUCUUCCAAACUUCCUCCAGGAAUUCCUUCAGAAUCUCCUUCCGUGAUAUCUCUAGAUUAUUCUUUAACGAUUCCUCCUAGAGUUUCUUCUGGGAUUGCUCAGGAAGUUCCUUAUGAAGUUGUUCCAGGGAUUUAUUUAGAAUUCUUUCGGAAAUUCGCUUCAUAAUUCACCCAGGAACUUCUUCCGAGAUUUCUCCAGGUUUUCAUUUCGGAAUCCCUCCAGGAAUACCUCCACGAAUCCUGGGAUUCCUCUAGGCACUUCUUCCGCGGUGUCUCCAGAAAUAUCUUUCAGGAUUUCUCCAGCAAAUUCUUCUGAAAUUCCUUAGGGAGUUCCUUAUCAGAUUCUUCCUGGAGUUUAUGUAGGACUCUUUCAGAAGUUCUCUCUAGAAUUCUUCCAGCAGCUCCUUAUGAGACUCUUCCGCGAGUUUUUGUAGCAUUCUGAAUCCUUCAAAUUUCCCUCUGGAUUUUAUAGAUAUGUGCAGUCAGUCAUUCUGAAUCCUUCAAAUUUCCCUCUGGAUUUUUACCAGAAGUUUCUUCUGAAUCCCCAAAAAGUUUCCAUCUGGGUUUCCUGUAGGAGUUCUUUCCGAAGUGAAUUUCUUUCGGGGUGCGUCCACGGUUUCCGAGUGCCCUCCGGGAAUCCUAUUCGAGAUUUCUGCUGAAAUGCCUCAUGCCUUAUGAGAUUCCUCCUGGAAUUCCUUGCUAGAUCCCCCAGGAGUGGCUUCUGAGAUUUCUGCUGGAUUCCUUUUGGAGUUUUUCUUUGAUUUGUUCAAUACUUUUGAAAUAUUUUUGAAAGUUUUCUCUGGGAUUCCUGGAAGGAAUUUCUGGUGAAAUAUAAUCCCCGAAAGAGUUUAAGAAAAUAUACAAAAGAAUCUUCGGAAGAAAUUCCUUAAGAAAGGACUUCCUAAAUAAACUUCUGCAUUUUACAGGAACCCCUGGAGUAAUUCCAUAAGGGAUUCCAUAAAAAACGCCUAGAGAAUCUCCAUUUGGAACAUCUGAGCGAAUCCCAGAAGGAAGAAAUCUCGAAAAGAGGAAACCCAGAAGAAACUCCUGGAAGGUCCCGACAGCUAACUUCUGAAUCAAACUCAGAGAGCACUCCUGGAAGAAUCUCAGAAGGAAGUCCACUUUGCAAAUUCGCUUGUACUGACUGCAAUUGAUCUAGUAGCAGCAUAUUGUCGUCGCGGUUGAAACCCGAAGUUUACCCACACCCGACAAUCGAAUUUUCUCAAAACCCGUACGUCGGACGUAGUGCGCUGGACAGCGGACCUGGCCCUCUAUCCAGCGCACUGUGCCCGACGUACGUCCGACACACGGUUUAGGAGAAACAUCGAUUUUCGCGUGUCAAAAAUUCCGAUUUUCAACUGCACGAACAAUAUCAAAGUUCCCUAGAGUUCUCUCAAAUUGCCCAGGGGAAUUUUGAUUCGAUUUGGGAAGAGAAGAUAAAGACAUCUCUAAUUUUUUGAUAUGUUAUGUAUAAAUGUCCCAGCUUUCAAUGAUGCAAAAAUUUUGAAAAUCGGUGGUGGCCCUCGUGGUGAAAAAAAUGUUUUGGUAUAAAAAUCCAAGAUGGCGGCCAAAAUCAAUAUGGCCGACCCAACUUUUUGUUAUUGUAAAUAGUAGCUCUAUUUUUCCUCUUUUCAACAACAGUUCGUUUUGAGGUGGUUAUUGGAGAAACUUUCGAGUUAUAACGGUUUAAGUGAGCCACCAUUUGACCAAAAUCGAGGGGUCUGUAAAAAUUGUUGUGGCUCUAACUAACGGGGGGUCCAUAAAUUUGAGUAACCAAAUGCAUUUUUCUUACUUCCAGAAUUUCGGCACCUUAAACAUUUUUGAAGACAAGGUGUAAAUAGUGGGCCGGUCUCAGCGAGAACUACCCCUAUUGAUUGUCAUUUUCUAAUUUACAAAUACUCUCUUAGAGAAUCGUAAGAUUUAUUUAUAGAAAUUCGAUUUCUUCUUAAUUCUAUUCAAAAUUUUGUAUUGCAAAUCUUAUUAUGGAGUAUAUUAUCUGUGAUCUGAAAUCGAUUCUGAAACUAUGAGUUUUGAAUCAAAAGAUUUUAGAUUAGGGUAAAAUUUUAGAUUUUUACUUGCGUUCUGGAAAAAAUUAGUUGAAGUUGUUACUAGAUUUUUGCAAUUGAAAUUUAAACGCAAAAUUCAGAAGUUAAAAUAUCAUACUUGGUUAGAAUUUUGCUGAAUGUCGAUAAUCUGAACUUUUAAGGAAAUCAGACAACUAAAAAGUAUUUUUAUCAAAAAUAAAAAUAAAAUAAGUGUGUAUGAAGGAUAUGACUGAAAAUUUCGAACGGAUUUAUCAACUCGCUGUAAACAUUUAUAGUAUUUUCAACUCGAGAAUACCUAAAACCUGUUCUGCAAUGUUGCAUAAAGCCAGACUGGAUAAAUAUAUUAAAAGCUUGAAAACUUAUCUCAAAUUAUUUAGACUAAGAAUUUACGAGGCUAAACACUUGGUCACCUUAAUCUUACUUAGACUUCUUCAAAAAACGAAAAGAGCACAAUAAUUUAAAUGUUUUAAGUAUGAGUGCUACGUUACGUUAGUUUAUUAAAACCAAUGAAAGUGACAAAAUGUGUUUAUUUUAAAAGUCAGUCCGAAUUUGCAUUUGGAAAUACGUGCUAAUGGGUCGCCUAAUUCUAUAAAAAUCAAAAGUGGGUCGCAAGCUCAAAAAGUUUGAGAACUCUUGGUCUAGAUUUUAACACAAAUGUUGGUGUUUUUCGGCUAACUAGUCGAUGUGGUAUGAUUGAACAUGUGCAAAAACUUAAGUUCAUAGGCACAAAUGCUAUUGUACAACAAAUCAAUAAUUUAAAAAGAAAAAAAAAUGCAAAUAUCAACCUGUAGUUCUGGUGUGAUUUGAACCUAUAACUCUUCAAGCUAGACAGGGCGCGUUUGCCAACUUCUCCACAGAACAGGUAACGACCAUUUUUCCGUUUCUUUUUUUUCUGUUUUCCAACACAUUUGUGCCCAUAGACGUCAAGGUUUUACGUGUGUUCAACAUUGAUUCUGUCGAAUGUCGGAGGCGUAAACGCUCAUCCUGGUAAAACUCCCCAUCAUAUUCUACGUACCAAUACAUAUCAGCUGUAGUUGUAGAGAGAGCGAGUGUACUGUAGAUUUUAGUUCCAAUAAUCAUUUUCGCUCUAUAAGAUACCUACCUGUUAACACACAUUCACGAUUAUUAUUGUUGAGAGCUAAUAGUUUAGAACCCCGAAACCUACGAGUAUUCCGACAAUACCUGGCGCGAAGGAAGUGAAAUCGAAGAAAAGUUUCGAAGAGGACGCUUCCAAGCCGAUCUACCCUAGACCCUAGACUCUAGCUAGAGAGUGUUACACAACACAGUGUAUAUAAAAUACUCUUAUUCUGUUUCCGUGUCAAUUAACAUGACUCCCCGAGCUACCGAAACACACACUAACAAACAAUAGUGGGAGCACUUUUAUCAUAUAGAAAAUGGAUCGUAGAUUAUGAGGGUAUCGUUUGAAUCCAUUAUAGUACAUAUAACAACAAAAACAUAUGAUUAUUACAUCGAAUUACUGAUCCAUGAAAUCGUUGUUAGAUCAGAACGUGACACGUUUUAUGAAAGAAUCGUCUAAGGGAAAACAGGAACUGAAUAAAAUGGAAUUUCCCGUAAUCGGCAGUUUCGAAUGCAAUUAGUAAUUACAGUAGUUUUUAGGAGUUUUCGGGCAUUGCAGUAACACCUAGGCAGCUGUUGGAACAAAAACUGUGAGAUAAGUCAGCCUGUUACGAAAGAGGAACUCUUGACUGGACAAUUUUCGCAGAUUUCGUACAAAAAUUCUUGACCGGGUGCCGAAGUAAAUCUAGAUUGGGUUUCAGAUAAAGUCCUGCCUGGAUUCCAGCGAACAUUCUGAUCUGACUUUGGAGGAAGUUUUGACCGGGUUUCUGACGGAAUCUUGCCCUGAUUUUGGAGGAAAUACUGUCCGUGGAAAUUUUGACCAGAGUUUUCAGAGACAAUCCUGUCCGAAUUUCGGAGGAAAUCCUAACCGGAUUUCGGAAGAAUAUUCUGUCUAGUCUUCUGACAAAAUCUUGUGUGGAUUUUGGAAGAGAUUCUGUCUGGAUUUCGGAAGAAAUAUUGUCAGGACAUCUGAGGAAAUCAUAACCUUGAGUUUUCGGAGACAGUCCUGUUCGAAUUUCGAAGAAAAUUCGGUCUAGAAUUCGGUCUAGAAUCCUGGCUGUAUUUUAGAAGAAAUCUUGUCUGGAAUUCUGCCGAAAUCUUGUCGGGAUUUUGGAUGGAAUCUUGUGUGGAAUUCUGAUGGAAUCCUGUCGUGAGUCUCCAGAGACAAUCCUGUCUAAAUUUCGAAAUUCUAAUGAGAUUUCUGACGAAAUCUUGUCUUGUUUCUAAGGAAAUCCUGUCCGAAUUUCAGAGGAAAUCCUGACCAGAUUUUAGAAGAAAAUCCUGUCCGUAUUUUAAUCGAAACCUUGUCCGGAUUUCGGAAGAAAUCCUUGUCUGGAUUUCUGAACAAAUCCUGUCCUGAGUUUUCAGAGUCAACCCAACAAACAUUUUCGCUGUAUAAGAGUGGAACAAACCACUCUUAAGCAAACUUUAGCUUAAGAAACUGCUAUUCAGCUAAUUCUGUUUGUUGGGAAUCCUGUUCGGAUUUCGAAGGGAAUCCUGAGCAGAUUUAGAGGAAAUCCUGUCCGAAUUUCGGAGUUCUGGUGAGAUUAUUUAGGAAACCUUGCCCGGAUUUUGGAGAAUAUUCUGUAUGAAUUUCGGAAGAAGUCUUGUCUGGGUUUCUGAGGAAAUCCUGAUCUGAGUUUCCAGAGACAAUCCCAUUCAGAUUUCGGAGGGAAUACUGAUCAGAUUAUAUUGGAAGUGGAUUUCAGAGGAAUGCCAAACCAAUCCAAAAUGUAUUUUGGAGGAAUCUAUGUCCGAUUUUUGUAGGAAAUCCUUUUCAAAAUUUUGAGAAAAUUUUGUCGAGAUUUCAAAAGAAACCAGUCGGUGUUCCGCAGAGUAUCCUGUCCGAAUUCCGGAAGAAGUCUUGUCCAAAUAUUCAUCCAAAUCAAUAUCCGUACUAUGUGGAGCACAUCCAGGUCAAAAUCCGUACUAUUAGGAUUAUUGAUCGUAUGGAGCACAGGUUACCCAAAACCUACAUCGAACAAUGUGCACAAAAACAGUGUUACCAGCAUUUGCCAUUGUUGUCAAAAACUGCUGUCAACAAAAAGAAGGAAACGAGACGUCAAAGUUGAACAAAAGAAGCAAACAGCAGAUCAGCCAUAGUAACAAGUAAUUAUUUAAUAAUCUAAUAAUUGUAUAUUUAAUUACCUACUGAUGAUAAUCCGGUACUGAAAGGAAAAAAAAUAUGUAAAUAAGAAAAGGACAGAACUAAUUUUAAAACAGAAUUCUAUACAGAUAUCUUUAUAUUGUCACACCUACCAGUGAAUAACCAUCGUAUAGUCAAGAAAACCAAUCAUUCGAUGGUGAAAUUGAUUUUCUACAGAGAAAAAUAAACAAAAACGAUACGAGAACGAAAGGUUUGUGAACCUGGAAUAGGUGAAACGAAAUGACAGCAACACAAGUUCGUAGGAAAAGUAAAGAAUAAACUUCUUGUGAUAUUUUUUAUAUCGAUAAAACUUCUUAAGAGUUGUAACCGUACACAGCAUAGACACACAUACCUUUUAAACUAUUGUACUAACAUGGGAUUGGGUGAGAAACUUGAAAAAAGAAAUGAAACACGAAGAGGAAGAGACUAUACACAUUUUAAUAAGUGAUCGCUAUUAACUAUUCUACAUCCUAUUGAACACAGAAAAAAAAACCUGACUUACGUGAUUGAUUAAUGAUAACGCAUAGUGAUUUUCCAUUGGAUUAUGUAGUCUAUAUCUUGUUCUAUGCAAAUUUGCAUCUAUCAGCGUCGUCGUCGGGAGCACACAAAUGUCGCGUUAUGUGAGGGAUCCCCGAUAACACGUGACAUACAUAUGAUGGAAUAAAAACAAAGAGAAUUUUUCUAUAUUUUUCGGUUUCCCAAGAGAUGCUGCGGUUUGGGCACACUGCGUGCGAGAAACACUUGCUGGUCCAGACAGUCAUGUCAAAUAGCUACAGUAUUUCUGCGCUGGAGUGGCCUAAAGUAGCAAAAUAUACAAAACUUACACGGUUUAAUAAAGAUGAUAAAUCCCCUUA